AUGGAACCCAUAUUAUUCCUCUCUGCGACGGUCAUCACUGGCGAGGAACAUGUCGCACCCUUUGUCGCCGAUGUCUUAGUCGACGACGGCCUGGUUGUGCAGAUUGGCGACCCGGGCACGAUAGAGUCGACGACGGCCCGAUGCAUCGACGGAAAAGGACAGUACCUGUCGCCCGGGUUCAUCGAUAUGCACGCGCACUCGGACCUGUACCUCAUCACGAACCCGGUGCACGAGGCCAAGAUUUCUCAAGGCUGCACGACCGAGGUCGUCGGACAAGAUGGCAUCUCCUACGCCCCGGUGCGCACCAAGGAGCAGCUGCGCGCUAUUCGCAGCCAGAUCGCCGGCUGGAACGGGAACCCCUCCGACGAGGAGUGCGCGGCCAAGCACCAGGGCACAAACAUCUUUGAGUGGCGGACGGUGGGCGACUACCUGGACUGCCUGGAGCGGAACAAGACGGCCACCAACGUCGCCAUGCUCGUGCCGCAGGGAAACCUCCGCCUCCUGGCGUGCGGCCCGAACGACACCCCGGCGAGCCCCGCGGAGAUACAGGACCAGGUCACGCUGCUGCGGGAGGCGCUCGGUCAAGGUGCCAUUGGCAUGUCCAGUGGGCUUACUUACACCCCGGGCAUGUAUGCUUCGACGUCGGAGCUGGCGAUCCUCUGCAAGGUUCUCGCGGACGAGUACCCGGGCGCGUUCUACGCACCGCAUCAUCGCAGCUAUGGUUUCAAGGCACUGGAGAGCUACGAGGAGAUGAUUGGUCUCGGCAAGAACACUGGAUGUCCCAUCCACUUGACGCACGCGACCAUGAACUUUUCCGAGAACAAGGGCCGCGCGCCGGAGCUGCUGCGCAUGGUGGACGGCGCGCUGGGCGCGGGCGUCGACGUGACGCUCGACACGUACCCGUACCUUCCCGGGUGCACGACGCUGGCGGCGCUGCUACCCAGCUGGGCGUCGGCGGGCGGCCCGGACGAGACGCUCAGGAGGCUGGGCGACGCCGAGACGCGGGAGAAGAUUCGCGUGGCGGUGGAGGUGACUGGGUGCGACGGCGGCCACGGCAUCCCGACGAACUGGGAUGAGAUCCAGAUUGGAAGCACGCAGCACGAGGCGCUGGAUGGCUAUGCCGGCAGACGGGUCGCGGAAGUUGCCCGGUCGGUCGGAAAACCGGCCAUUGAAGUGUUUUACGAUAUUCUGGUCAAGGAUCGACUUGCGACAAGCUGCUUGAUGCAUAUUGGGCACGAGGAGAAUGUGCGUGCCAUCAUGCAGCAUGAGAAGCACAUGAGUGGCAGCGACGCCAUUCUCCAUGGCGAAACGCUGCAUCCUCGUGCCUAUGGCACAUUCACACGAUAUCUAGGCCAUUACGCACGAGACCUGGGCAUGUUCACCAUUCCGCAGAUGAUGGCACACUUGACAUCGCGCCCGGCAAAGCGUCUCAACGUGUAUCCCUUCCGUGGCCAUCUCGGCGUCGGGUCGGCCGCUGACCUCGUCUUGUUUGACCCGGAGACGAUCAAGGAUAUGGCGACAUUCGAGCAGCCGAAGCUCACGAGCAAAGGCAUCAACUUUGUGCUGGUGAAUGGUGUGGUGGCUGUGGAUGGGGGAAGACUCACGGGGGCGAGAGGGGGGCACGUCUUGCGGAGGAGAAAGGACGGCAGCGUUGCUUCCGGUCUGGUUUAG